AGUGUGGGAAAGCCUUCUACCGGAACACUCACCUUAAUGAACAUCAGAGGAUUCACACUGGCUACCGGCCCUAUAAAUGUCACAAAUGCAUCAAGAGUUUCAGCAGGCCCUCCCACCUGAUUCGACACCAGUCCAUCCAUGCCACAGAAAAACCCUACAGCUGUGCCAAAUGCAAGGAAACUUUCAGCCACAAUGAACACCUUGUCCAACACCAGAAAAUGCACAAUGUGGAGACCCCGUAUGAGUGUCAGGAGUGUGGUGAGCGCUUCAUCUGCAGCUCCACCCUAACUUGCCACCAGACUGUUCACACCAGAGAAAAACAAGGACUUGGUGAGAGCAGGAGGAUCCUGAAUCAGGACUCAGAGCAGAGAGAGCAACCAGGAAUCGGCGAGAAGCACUUUAAGUGUGAUAAAUGCGAGAAAACCUUUAGCCGCAGCAAAUACCUGACUCAGCACGAGAGGGUUCACACCAGGGUGAAGCCCUUUGAGUGUAACCAGUGUGGAAAAGCCUUUGCCCAAAGUACACAGCUCAUUCGCCACCAGAGCAUCCACUCCGGGGCGCGGCGGUAUGAAUGUGGGGACUGUGGGAAGGCCUUCAUCCACAGCACUUCCCUCACCAAACAUCAGUCUGUCCACAAGAGCAAGCACCCCUUUAAAUGUAAUGAAUGUGGAAAGACUUUCAGUGAAAGUGCACAUCUCUCAGAACACUGGUUAAUUCACACUGCAGAGAAACUCUUUCAGUGUAACAAAUGUGACAAAGCUGUUGCCCACGGUAACUACCUUAUUCAGCAUCCGAGAGCUCAUGCUAGAAAGAAGUCCUUUGAGUGUAAUGAAUGUGGAAAAUCAUUCCAUCAGAGCUCGUGCCUUUCUAAGCAUCAGAGAGAUCACACAGGUGAGAAACCCCACAAAUGCAGUGACUGUGGGAAAACCUUCAGCAUGGGUGCUCAACUCAUUCAACACCAGAGAGUUCACACCAGAGAAAAGCCUUAUGUUUGUCAGGAAUGUGGGAAAGCCUUCAGCCAGAGCUCAUGCCUUUCUGCUCACCAGCGAGUUCAUACCGGAGAAAAGCCUUAUGUUUGUCAGGAAUGCGGGAAAGCCUUCAGCCAGAGCUCGUGCCUUUCUGUUCACCAGAGAAUUCACACUGGAGAAAAGCCUUAUGUUUGUCAGGAAUGCGGGAAAGCCUUCAGCCAGAGCUCGUGCCUUUCUGUUCACCAGAGAAUUCAUACUGGGGAGAAGCCUUACGUGUGUGCUGAAUGUGGGAAAGCCUUUGCUCAGAAAGCAAAUCUGAUGCAGCAUGAGAGAGUUCACACUGGGGAGAAGCCUUAUGCCUGUAGGGUGUGUGGGAAAGCCUUUGGCCUCAGUGCCCAUCUCAGUCAGCACCAGAGAGUUCACACCCAAGAGAAACUAGCAAUGUCAACCUUGUCAGCCCUUUGCUGCAGGUCUCAGCAGACAUCAGCAAGUUCACACUUACAGGUAACAAGGAGUUAAGUAGAAAGUAACAAGUAGCAAUACUUCCUACUACUGGGUUGCAGCAAAGUCCCAGACAUCUGAACAUGGUUCACCUGAGUCCUAAAGUUGAAAUCACAUUGUAAGCUCCCUCUCCCCAAAUAAAUACAUCUCUUUAUCCAUAAAGAGUGAUUAGAAAAUUUG